AUUCUAAAAAAAAAUACUUCAUUCUAACAGGUUUCUUUCAUUGUGAGAAUGGUGGGCGUGGUUGUCGCGGUGGGUAUAAAUGUAGCGGUGAGCGUGACAGCCAACCAGCCUUCUCGGGCUCUGUAUCCCAGACACUCGUCUUCCUUGCCCCCUUCUGACAAACAGAGUGGAAGCUACAACUUCCAGUACGGUGUGAAGGAUGACCAAGGUGGUGCACACUUCGGUCAGGACGAGACUUACGACGGGCACCUCAUCAAGGGAUCCUACUACAUCGCUCUGCCCGAUGGCAGAAUGCAGACCGUGAAAUACCAGGCAGACCACGUCAUUGGUUAUGUUGCUGACGUAGAGUUUGACGGGGAGGCCGUGCACCCCAUCACCAGAGACGUAGACCCCAUCACCUUCAAGUCCAGCUUCUUCCUAUCCCCAACCACCGUACCGGUCGCAUAUUCAACUAUUCCACCACACCAAUCCUUCCCGUCACCUGCAGAUCAAAGUUCAGACCACCAUGACUCCACCUUCGGAGAGGACAUCGGACACCACCAUGACUCCACCUUCGGAGAGGACAUCGGACCUUCCGAUCCCCAUCAACCUCAAGACCGGAGCUAA